GACAACAGCCUACUGUCAAGCUAGCAGUCAGCAGCUAGCUGCUCACCUGAUAAGCUGUCCGGUUUUUUUUCUUGUGUCAACUGUAUUUAUUUAUUUUGUUCUCGAUCUGUAAAGAUACCGACAGUGGGAUCUUUCCGCUUAUUUUUGCUGGAAUAAGAUGGUCGUUUUGACAAAUGGCAAUGAAGAACAGGAUUAUAUCCUGGUAGAGGAGCGUAAAUGCACCUCACUGCCUAGCUCUCCUGCCAAGCGAGUGUCACCCACCAAAAAGAAACAGUUCUAUAUCAACCAAGCCAUCCGCAACUCUGACCUCACACCAAGGGCCAAAGGCAAGAAGAGCCUCCGCCGACAGGAGAACACACGCUACCUUGCUAAUCUCCUUGAGAAAGAUGAGUGCUCCAAAGAUGAUCUGGAGGUUUGCAGCAACCCAGCCAUCCCAUCCAUCUUCUAUGAAGUCUGCACCAAUGGAAACUAUGUAGAGCCGUGGAACGACUUCAUGAAUUGCUCUGGUGAGGAGCAGGAGAGGCUGCUCUCUCUGUUGGAGCUGGAGGAGGCCAAGAAGAAAAACACCAACCAGCUCCUCAAAGACCAGAGGAAUGUAAAUCCUGCCUUCACUGCUCAGGACUGCUUCCAGAGAAUCGAUCGCAGGUUGCGAGUGACUCUGAGGCGGAAACAAAUCCCCAUGGGAACGCUGGAAGUUCUGGAGGAAAACCUUCUGAGCUUCUUCAACGCUCAACCUCACUCAGUUUACACAACCAACCUCAGCAGCAGCUUUGAGAGGCUGCUGCUUCACGCCAUCUGCCAGUAUAUGGACCUCGUCUCUGCAAGCAGCGACUACAAUGGCUUACGUCAGACUGAAGUGGUGAACAAACAAGAAGAGUUCCUGCCUCCUGGACUCCUGCUGUCUGCCUACCUGGAGCAGAUGAGUUGAGGACAGGACCACGCCCGUUUUGUUUCUUCCUGCUGCAGACAGGAGCUCUGAAAUGUAGAUAUGAUGUGCAGUCUUCACACAUUGUUUGUAAUAACCACCCAGCUCAAAUGUCUGCUUCUCUUUCUCUCUGUCAAUUUUCCAUUAACUAGAUCCAAAAACGCAACAGAAUCGAUCACUGGAGCGUUAGCUAGGUUAGUUCGUGCUUAAAGUUGAAUUUUAAACUGUAGGUUGGGUAAUAUGUAGUGAGUAUACAGUUCAGCAAAGCAGGGUCUGGACACAAAGUCCCAUCUGAGGCUUACAAACUGAUACCUGUUUGAGGUUGGUAACUUGCCCUCUCCUGUCACACCGUUACAUUUUCUACCCCACGGUGUGUGUACAAGCAGCACAGGAAAUCCAGCUGCUGAAUUUUACUAACAGUGGACUUAACACUUGACAAAACAGGCACAGUUAAUUACAGCAGUAAGUCCUGAAAGUAAUAGAAAGCACAUUGUGUAAGGUCUGUGAGGAGUCUGCAGCGCUGUGUGUGUGAAGGUUUUAGGACCGUUCUUAAAUGAAAUGCAUCACCGCCUGAAACAGUAGCCUGCAUGAAGCGUAAAUUUUAAUCUCUUUAUUACUCACAAGAAAGUACAUCUCUCUCAUUGCUACUUGCAAAUUAUAGUUACUCUCUUUCUAUUGUGUGUAUUAUUUAGAGGCAGAUUGAGGCUUUGAGGUGGGUUUGAGAAACCCUUACAGUUCAGUCAGAGGCAUCUUUUGUGACAGCUGAGUAGCGGCUUUAUGAGUUCUGCUUCCAGUGCAUGUGUGUGCCAUGUGGGCAUUAGGUUCAGUUUUCUGAAUGUGCAGCAGAUCGAGCAUAGAUGCUGACAGACUGCUGCAGUCACUGCACACUGUCAGUGUUAUGUCAGUAAUAGCCAGUAUUUAGGAUAAGAAACUAUAUUAUUCUAUGUUUUGGUGCAUCAACGUACAGAGUGCUCUCUCGGUUUACAUGAACACACAGCUUUUAACUGCUAACACGGAUUCAAUGUAUACUGUACCUACAGUAAAUGGGGGAUAAAACCUGCUGAGCUUUGACUCUCAGGUAUGUUAAAUCUCAGUAUUUGCAUCCCUGGAAAAUACUUCUGCCUUAUGAACACAGUUUCUAUGUUUUCUCUGUACAAUUUUCUACUUUGUACUGUACUUGGGUUUUGGAAACAUGUAUCCAGGUUAUUUAAGGAAAAAGAGACUUUAUUUCUGUUUUCUUUUUAUAAUGACGGCAGCAGAGUAACAAAACUUGACCUGUUGGUGCAUUUUGUCAACAACCAAAGUGUGCGUGUGAAAAUCCAACUUCUCAGGCUUUUGACUUGUCACUCUGAAUGUCAUGUAGUGCUCAUUUCUGUGUACUGUGUAGAGCCCAGCCUGUUUUUGAAUUAUGUUCACCUCGGGGCCCUGUCAAAUUUUCCAUUACAUGUACACAUAAUUGUGCCAAUCAUGUUACAUUUAAUUGACUUGUGCCAACAUUUGAAUUGAAAAUGCCCCAAAAGUUUGAAAGCUUUAUACAAUAAACUGAAAAAUCUUUGUGUAUGUGUGCAUACUUAUAAGUAUCACUGCAACUAUUAAAUGAUUUAAGUUUUUUUUCCAUUUUCUCAUUUUAUUAUCGUCAGAAUGCUGAAAACAAAAUCUGUGUGAGUGCUUUAAAUAAAUGGAAGUUAAAGUGUU